AUGCAGCGCUUCGGGGCCCUGUUAGUGCUGCUGCUGGCCUGCUGGCAAGUGAGUGCCAACCUUGACGACAUCCAAGUGCAGGAGAACUUCAACCUCUCUCGGAUCUACGGGAAAUGGUUCAACUUGGCCAUUGCUUCUACCUGCCCGUGGCUGAAGAGGAUCAGGAACAAGCUGUCCAUAAGCACGCUGGUCCUGGGAGAGGGGGCUACAGAGUCAGAGAUCAGCACAACCAGCACUCGCUGGAGGAAAGGUUUCUGUGAGGAGAUCUCUGGGGCGUAUGAGAAAACAAACACUGAUGGGAAGUUUCUCUACCACAAAGCCCGAUGGAAUGUAACCAUGGAGUCCUACGUGGUCCACACCAACUAUGAUGAGUAUGCUAUUCUUGUGACCAAGAAAUUCAGCCGCCAUGGACCCAGUGUUACUGCUAAGCUCUACGGGCGGCAGCGAAGGGUGAGGGACACCCUCCUGCUGGAGUUUAGGAACUUUGCUGUGAACAUGGGCAUCCCCAGCGACUCCAUCUUCACAUUGUUUGACAAAGGUGAAUGUGUGCCUGGAGAGCAAGAACCAGUACCCACCCCAGCUGUGAGAGCCCGGCGUGCUCUGCUGCCCCCAGAAGAUGAAGGGUCGGCAGCUGGGGAACUUAUAGUUGAUUUCACCAAGAAAGAAGAUUCCUGCCAGCUGGAACAUAUGGCAGGGCCCUGCCUGGGGAUGAUCACCAAGUAUUUCUACAACGGCUCAUCCAUGGCCUGUGAAACGUUCCAAUAUGGCGGCUGUUUGGGCAAUGGCAACAACUUUGCCACCGAGAAAGAGUGUCUGCAAACCUGCCGGACUGUGGCGGCCUGCAAUCUGCCCAUAGUCACUGGACCUUGCAAAGCCUCCUUCAAGCUCUGGGCAUUUGAUGCCACCCAGGGGAAGUGCAUCCUCUUCACCUAUGGAGGCUGCCAGGGCAAUGGCAACAAGUUCUACUCAGAGAAAGAGUGCAAGGAGUACUGCGGUGCCCCUGGAGAAGACGAAGAGCUGCUGCCUAUCAAGAACUGA